AUGACCAUGCAAGAAAUCGGCAAGACAAGCAAAGGGAUCAUUCUGACAGCUGACACACCGAUAUCUACCACUGCAUUUAACAUUCUUACAACUGGAACGGCGGAUGGGUACCUUGCCUUACCUAUGACGAGUCUUGGUGUCUCCUAUAUCGUGGGCACAUUCAAACCUAAUACAAACUCAUAUGAUAAGUAUGGGACUUCCUUUGCUGUAGGGGCGCCGUACGAUAACACAGUGAUCAAUAUCACUCUCAGUACAUCAGGUGUUUCUGUUCCUGGUCAGUUUCACAGGGAAGGGGACACAAUCACCGUCGUACUUGACAAAUUAGACACGUUCUAUAUAGAAACAACAACGAAAUACCAGGACCUUACAGGUACACGUAUCGUUAGCAAUAAACCAGUAGCGGUCGUGUGCGGUAAUGUCUGUUCAUACAAAAAUGGAUGCAACCACCUCGUUGAGUAUCUACCUCCCAUGUCUAAAUGGGGCUCAAAGUUCAUGAGAAGCUCUAGUGGUAUCAUCAGGAUUGUCUCAUCGGUAAACAAUACGCGUGUCGUUGUCACUGCUAAAAUAUCAAACAAAACGUAUACUUUCUCAACUUUUCUUGAUAUAGAAACAGUUCCAACACAGCCGUACAGCAUUUCUAGUGAUAGACCUGUUCUAGUUCUACUGGUUUUUAAUGCAACCACUGUUGGAAUGUCAAUCAUUCCGUCAAAAAAGCAUUUUUCCAAUGAAAUCGUGCUGGUCUCGCCUCCUCAAUUCUCUUACGAAAGAAACGCUCCUUUCGAUAACUAUAUCGUGGUCAGUAUCCGGACAACCGACCAGUCUGGUCUACAGCUUCGUCCACUAAACGGGACGAACCUGCCUCGCGUUGGAUCAGUGACAUUUCCUGAUGUUGACGGCGAGUUGUAUAGUUUCAUUACGGUAACCUGUAACAACCACCAGACGUGUUCUGUCCAACAUAUCGACAACAGUGUGGCAUUCAGUGUUAUUGUGUACGGGUUUCAAGAAUAUGAAGCGUUUGCAUAUCCUGCAAAUCUCAGUUUGUAA